GCAUUUUGUGUGUAACACCGAGUGUUUGGUAAGUGACAGGAGGUGAAGGAGGAGCAGCGAGGAGGAGGUGAAACACCGCAGAGAUCUUCUCUUUUUACAGGUGUUGUCGACUCGAUCUCCAGCUCGGCUGUGACUGACUGCGGUGAUGCUGCUGCCCCUGCUGCUGCGGCGCCCUGCGGCCGCCGCGCUGCUGCCGCCGUGUGUCCGGACGCUGUGCGGCGGCGCCCCGCGGUCGCUGCGCUCGCACAGUGAGCUCCUCCUGCGGCGGAGGCUGCUCCCCCGGGCCGUCCCCCCCAGCCGCGGCCGGAGGAGCCGCGGCCAGCAGGACGAGUGGAAGGCCCGCAACAAGACGGUGCUCACCUACAUCGCUGCUGCCGGCGUGGGGAUGAUCGGCCUGUCGUACGCCGCCGUGCCACUGUACCGCCUCUACUGCCAGGCCUCUGGGCUCGGCGGCACCGCGGUGGCCGGACACGACGCCGAGCAGGUGGCCACCAUGACGCCGGUGAAGGAGCGCGUCAUCAAGGUGACGUUCAACGCAGACACGCACGCCAGCAUGCAGUGGAACUUCAGACCGCAGCAGACCGAGAUCUACGUGGUUCCAGGUGAGACGGCGUUGGCCUUUUACCGAGCGAAGAACCCGACAGACAAAGCGAUCAUCGGCAUUUCAACGUACAACGUGGUUCCGUUUGAGGCCGGACAAUAUUUCAACAAGAUCCAGUGUUUCUGCUUCGAGGAGCAGCGUCUGAACCCUCACGAGGAGGUGGACAUGCCCGUCUUCUUCUACAUCGACCCAGAGUUUGACGAGGACCCUCGGAUGGCUCGUGUUGACACCAUCACGCUCUCCUACACCUUCUUCGAGGCCAAAGAGGGACAGAAGCUGCCGGUGCCGGGCUACGCCUUCAGCUGAGGCCCCGCCCUCUCGCCGUUUGGACGGCCGACGUAAACAAACCCCGAGAGACUGGCGUGGACGUACUGAGAGCGUUGCAGGCCGACUCAGGGAGAACGUGCAGACUCAAGACAGUUCCAGUGCCGUGGAACUGAUUUCAGAAAGAAAAAAACUGAAUGUGAAGAAAAUGUGGAAAAUAAUGAGAAGUUUUUUUUUCUUCCUUCUGAACAGAAACUGUUUGAAGCUGAAGACAGAUGUGGGAGAGUUUCAGUCCGUCACUGUCAAACUGCACCUUCACUGUCAGUUCUCUGAAACAAUCUCCAUUUACCUGCAGUUUAUUUUGCACAUAAAUCAUAUCUUAAAGUACUGACUUUGGAAAAAUGUCUUUUUUUAUGUCACAUAACUUUUAUUUUCUACUCUACCUCAGUAUAACUCUUCUUUCUUCGAGAUCUGAAGGGGAGAAAUACUUAUAACCAGUAAUGUGGAUACUACUAAUAAAAGCUAAUGAAGACAAUAAAUAACUUCAUUUCUAUA